AUGGAAACCAGUCGCACCGCGGCCGAGUGGCGAAACGCACACACAGCGAUACACACUUUGUCAGUUAAAGAGGGAAUGUUGCUUUCUGCACACUGGAUGCACUUGUCCGCGGAUGGGUUCGGGUGGCAGACACGGUUGCUACAGGUGGCCACCGCUUGCGACACUUGUUGUGCCACCGUGCAGUUUCGAAAGUUGAACGCGGCGAGCGUACGCGUCACGUCCGCUGCGGUCGGCGGGCGGCGGAGGAAUGAGGGCCGCGGCGCCAACGCACACCGCCCCAGGCUUCGCUCUCAAUGCGCCGACGACACCAACGUCGUG